CAAUCCAUUCAUGGUGUUGGAUUUUAAUGAGAAGAUGCGAAUCUUGAUCAUCAGCAUCAUCUUUGCUCUGCUGCAACAAGGCAAUGGCCAAAACCCCAAGGCCCACUGGACCCUCCUGCCAAACAUCCUGGUCCUGCAGGUGAAUGGUGCUUUAGGUCAGCAUCCUCUGACCUGCUUGGAGUCGGCAGAGGAGGUGAUGAGGAGAGACGAUAAGGGUCAAGAGAUCAUUUGGAAAAAGAACGGAGUGGAGGAAGAUCAGAGAGGCAAUAUGUACUUGGUGGAGCUGGAGGAGAGCUUGGGAGGAGGCAACUACACCUGUCACAACAAGGAUGGAUCGCUCCUCAAUCACACCGUGGUCCUGAUCCAAGAGGACAAAACCAAGACGAGGAAAAUCCUAGUGAAAUCUGACCAAGAGGACUACUUAAUAUGCUCAACUCAGAAUUACAACGGAGAGUUCCACUGCUCUUGGACCUGGCAUCCUGGUCGCGUGGGGAAAGUUGCUUUUAUCAGAGUUCAGCGUGGCUCUAGUGAUGAUGAGAGCACCCCGUGCUCUGUGGACACCAGCGGUCAGCAGUGGACAUGUUCGUCACCUCAGGGCGACAUCAGCUGCUCAGUGGACGGCAGCAGGAUGUCCUGCCGGGACAAGCAGCACUGCCCCUACGCCGAGGAGGCCCAGCAUAUCAACAUCAAUGUCUACUUCAAGACUAAUCACUUCCUGGUGGAGAACUACUCGAAGUAUUUCUACCUGUCAGAGAUAGUGAAACCCGACAAGGUGAAGAUCAGUAAAGUCAAUGGAACAACUCUAGAGUGGAGUUACCCGAGCUCUUGGAACAGCCCCUACUCCUACUUCCCCCUCACCUUUCAGAUUGCACAGAUCAGGAGGGGCUGCAAAAAGUGUAGCAAUUCGUGCACACACUCCAAAGCUGUAACGACCAUGCUGGUUAACUCCACAGGCAGCUGCCAGGUUAACAUCAAGCCCAAAGUGGAGAUUGUUUGCAUCCGAGCCAAAGAUGCUCUCUGUAACUCACAUUGGAGCGAGUGGAGUCACAUCAGAAAAGACAAGAAUGAAAGAAAACACCACAAAAACAAAGGACAAGCUUCUCAGUAAAAAUGUAAUCCUGACACUGGA